AUGGAGAUAGAAUAAAGUCAUUGUUUGCUCUUCGCUAGGCCUUUUUGGCUUCAUAAUCAAGGAGAUGAUUAGUUAAUGAAAGAAUACUGCCAAUUAAAUGAAUUUUUUGAUUAAAAUCUCAAAAAAAUCAUAGUUUCAUUAAAAAAGAUUAAAGAGAUUCAAAUAUCCUCAUGCGAAAAUUGCGUUAAAGAAAAUGGUCAUGAAAGAAAUACCCAAACUAUUUAGUAAAAUGAACAAUCUUAGUAAGCUGAUCAAGCAUAAAGUAUGUAAAAUCAGCUAGUUAAGGAAUUUAAUUUAGAAGAUGUUUAAAUGUAGAUUAGUUAAUUAGAAUAAGAGUUACUGGAAACACUCCUUUCAGUAGAAAAGCAAAGAAAAUAUGAAAUAUAAAAGUUUUAUGAUGGAAAAAGGCAUUCCAAUCAUUUUUGGAAUUAUUUUGUGAGAAUGGGUGGUAUUUUCUAACAUUUAUAAUAUUUAAAUAGUCUAGAAGUCAUUUACAGGAUCUAUAAAUUAGCAAACAUGUUUUAGACUGAGAUAUUAUAAGAGAAUGUUAUAAGCUCCUACUUUGAUAAUAAUAACAUUUCAUACAAUAUUUUUGCAAGAUUUUAUCAUUUCUUUAUGACUAUACAUAGCGUUCAUGAGGAAUAUUUAGACAAAAUAGCUUUUACAGAUGAUAUGACCAUUAGAAUAAACAUUAAGCGAUCAUAGAUAUAAGAGAUUGUCGAAAAAUAAGAAAAUAAAUAUCUCUCUUGUUAUGGGUUAACAAAGCUUAUUCUUAGUAGUUAAAAUGGGAUCAAUUUAUCCUAUUCAGAUUAUAAUCAUUCUUUCUUAAGACUUCUACUAGCAGUUAUUUAUUUGAGGACUAAAUAAAAUAAAAAAAUAUGGAGAUAGCUAAGAGCAGUAUGUGUAUGGAGACAUAGAGAUAAUGUAGCAAAACACAAAAAGUUUAAGGUAUCAUUUACAGGAGAGUAAGCUGUUGAAGCAAGUAUUCCAACAGAAUAUUUUAACUAUCUAAGGUAAAUAAAGGAAGAAGGAUUUGAAAAUGCAUAAAAUUUAGAAAUAGAAGAGUGUCUUAGUCAACAUUAGGCUCAUUGGCCAGAUGAAAACGAUUUUCCUAAAAUAAAGGGCAGCUUUUUUGAGUUAAUCGAUAAUUACGUCUCUAAUUUGAAUCAUAUUUAUCCUUCCUUUCUAAUAAGAAUAAUGACCUUGGUUGAGCAUGGCAUAAAUCAAGAAAUUUAUGCAAGAUCACAAAAAAUCGAAUAAGAUUUAUAAAUAGGAUAAAAUUUGUAAGUAAAGUUAAGCAAGCUGAUUCAAAAUAUGACAGAUAAUUUAAAUGAUGAAAGCACUUAUUAUAAUACUUAGAUAAUUACAUAUGAAUUACCAGAACUACCAGAUAAAGUCAAUUUGUAUUAGGAUAUUUUGCAAAACUUAUGUAUCAAACUCAUAUUUGAAAAGUAAUUUUAUAGAAAAAGCUUAGGAUGGUAUUUAUUCUACAAGGAUGCUAAUAAAAGAUCCAAACAGUAGCAAAUUAUGGAAAUAAUUGAUAAAAUUUAUGCACAAAAAGAACUCUAUUAUAUAGGUGUCUAAAUCUAUAGCGAUUUUGUUUACAAUUUUGAGAGCUGCUACUCGAUAUAAACAAUAAAUAAAAUAAUUGAAAUGAUUGAAUAUUGUUCUUUAAAGAAAUACCUUAUAUCAAGAAACUUUAAUUUUAAAUGCUUAGAAAUUUUAGUUGAGAGAUUUGCUCUUGAUAAAUAAAUGAAAUUAAGAUUAGCUUAUCUUAUAAAUCGUUGUAUUUUAGUUGUCAAUUAAAAGAUAAAAGAUAAAGCAAAUAUUAAUUGUUUGAUAGAAUCAAGAGCACCUCUCUUUAUUUAAGACCUUUUUGAUUUUUUAGAUCAGAUUUCUAUUUCCCCAGACGUGAAUCAAAUUUAUUAAGAUUUUGCAAAGAGAUGGGUUCUAAGUAUGACUAGUUAGCUAUUACUUUAGAUUUCAAAUAAUAGAUCUGCAAUUACUGAAGAUAAUGUUAGAGGCAUUCUUGAAAAAUUCUCAAAUUAUUUCACAGACAAAAGAAAUAAUGAAUUCAUUAAUGCUCUUAACGAAUUUAUGCCUAAAGAACUACUCCAUAGAAAUAUCAUCAAAGUAGCAUAUUAAAUGAUCAAGGAGAAAGAAAAAGAUUGCUUAAGCAAAAGAUAAUUUUUAUACUGCCUUAUCAAAUAUUGUAUACCUAUGCAAAAAAUUUUAGAGGAAGAUUUUUUAAAUGAACUAAAAAAUGAUGCAUCUAUAAUUUCAGAAAGAUAUCUUUUGAAAUCUCUAGUUGUGAUAUGCUAAAAAUUUCAAUUUGAACACAUAACCUCUUCUAUAUACCCAUUAUUACUAUAGAAUAAAAGCAUAGACUUAAAUUUACUGUUGAGAAAUGUAAGAAAUAGCUCUGAAAUGAACUAAAUAUUUCUUAAUAUAAAGCAUGCAUCUAUUUUGAAGUCUAAAUACAUUAAUAAAAAAGAAAUUAUUAAAGAUAUUAUACUUUUGUAACCCAACAAUUUGAAAGGCGAGGUUCUACUUCUUCUCCAACCUAUGACUAGCUCUUUCUUAUAAAACUUACAAUCUGCUAUCCGAUAAAUUCUUAAGGAUCACUAAGGACUCGCCACCAAACAUAGUUAAAUAGCAAAUAUGAUAAAUAAAACUAAAAAUUAUGAAUUAAAUCUAAAAAAAUGUGAAAAAAGUAUUACAAUACUAAAGCAUCAAUAAGAUAUGGUGUAAUAGUUAAUUGAGUUGCUUCUCUCUUAAGAACAUGCAAUAAAUGAUGUUAUAUCUUUUAUCAUACUUUACACUGAGCUAUUGUAUAAAGAUACUAAAACAAGAUAAGCUUUCUACGUUGUAUUUAUUAAGUAGUGUCUUCCUUAUUUAAAAUACAAUCUUGGCGAGAAAUAUAAGUAAUUCCCUUCUUUUAAUGUCAACAAUUGUCCUUUAAUAAAAUAGAUUGAAACCUUAGAAGAAGAAAAAUCUGAUAUCUAACCUUAGUCUUUGCUAUAAAUAAAAUGCAAUUCUCUAGACUAUUUUAUGCAGCUCAUUGAGAAUUUAGGCUAACACUCAAAUAUAAAUUUAAAAAUGAAUUAUUUCAGUUCAUUUGAAGAGCUAGUUGAAUGUGAAAUUAAUGGGAAAGAAAUAGACUCUAAGUAAAUUAAAUAUUUAUCAAGAUAUCUCAUUAGCAUGAGAGAAAGUGUGAGCUAUUCUAAUAUAUUUUAAGCCUUUGAAAUAAUACACUAAAGUGUAUAAUAAAAAUAGGUAGAAACACAAACACCACUGUUUGUACAUGAUAUAGGAUUGUGUAUUUUAACUCUUGCUUUGAAAAUAUUUAUGAAAUAACAAAAUAAAUCUAAAAACGAUUUAAAUGAUGAAUUCCCAGAAAUAUAAAAAAUAUUUAAAGUUAUUGAAAUUAUUCUUGAAAUAUGUCCUUCUGAAAGAAGAUUUUAUUCUAUGAUUUACUAUAUCCUUGAGUCUUAAUUCUAAUUCGAAACUAACUUCAUAAAAGCAAACAUAGAAUUACGCUUUAAAAACCUAUUUUAUGAAGCUAAUUCCUUCGUAUUUAAUUCUUUUACAAUUUUGGAAUUCUCAAAAAAAUUAGCAGAGGUAGAUUUAUAUUAAUAUCCUAUUGAAUAUUUUAAUGUUUUAGUCUCUAUGUUUACUUACAACUAGAAGGAUUUGACAAUCAAAUUGUCUGAAAAUAUCCUUCCUGAGUUUUAAUUUUCAGAUUAUACAGGAAGUUAAGUAGGACUAUUUGAAGAAAUACUUGAAAAGUUUAUUAAAACAAAAAGCGAUUUUUAUUUAUGCUUCAUUGCUGAAAUAUGUAGAAAAUAUCCUACUUAUCUCAAAAAUUUAGUUUAAUGGAGAUACACUGAUGAAAAAGAUAUUUUUGAUUUCAUUUUAGAAAAUUAAAUAAAUUUCAAUUAUAAUUUAGGAGUAUUUUUAAAUUUGUUAUGCAAUUAAAACUACUCAUUUUUCAUGCUAGAAAAUGGAUUGAUACAAGGUACUACUGGAAAUGUAAUCCCUGCCCUUAUAGGAAGAACCCUUGAUUUUAUUUCAAAAUGCUAGUUAAAUUCAGAAAAAGAUUCGUUCACACUUUAAGGAGCUCUCAAUGUGCUUAAAUAUUUAAAGCCAAAGUUUACCUAUUUAGAUCACAUGAAAACAAUAAUAACUUUUAUUGAUUUUGUUAGUAAGUAAAAAACACUUUAAAUUCUUACUCUUCUUGAACGUCUUGGUAUUUUAUCAGAUAUUUAAGCUAGUUUAAAGAUAGUAUCUGCUUCAGAACUAGGUGAUUACAAGCAUGCAAAGUAUUUCUUCUUUAGGAAUAUUUAAAAGUUUUUAACUGAAGAGAACAGAAUGAAAUCGAUUUAAUUUACAAAAGAACUCAAGGAAAAAUUAUAAUACUGUAGAACAUAAGAUAACUACAAUCUUCCGAUUUUAAGUAAUAUAACCGGAUCUCCCAAGAACUAAAAAGAUGAGCCCUUAAACAUACCACAAAAUAUUAAAAAUGGACUAAAACUGAGAUAUUUUACUGAUAAAAUGAAUAAUAAAAUUUAAAUAACAUAUUCUAGAGAAGAUUUAUCAACUUAUGAGCAAGAUCUAAUAAAAUAUAACUUAGACUUUAGCUAAUCAGAUGAGUACUACAUCAUUCAAUUUAUUAGCUAAGUUAAAAAGAAUUAAAGAGCUUUUGAUGGUAUUGAUGGAGAUGUUAAUUUUAAAAGAGUUGUUCUAGAAGCUUUAGAUAUAUAAGGUCUCUCUGAAAAUGAAAAGAAAUUUGAAACAAUAAUUACAUAAAUAUUCAAACUUAGCUUAAAACAAAAAACUUCAUAGCCUGCAUCUAAUACAAAAUUAUCAGAUAGAUAAAUACCAGAUAGCUCAAGUUUGGCCUAAGAACUUGAUGAAAAAUUCAAAACAGUGAAAAAAAUAAAAGAGAGAUUAGAAUAGGAAAGUGCAGCAAAUCAAAAAGAAGCUUAAGAAAAAAUUGAUGAACAGCAAAAUGGGUUAUUAGAAGAUAUUGAAGAGCAACAAAAAAAAUUAGAAUAAUAAAAGUAAGAAUUGAUCAAGUAAUAUGACCAGCUUCUGCAAGAUAGCUUGAAAUAGUAGCAUGUUAUUAAGAAGUUGUCUGCAGAUUUUACCAAUCAUAAAAAACCUCAAAGGAGAUAAUUUUUAUUUGAUUCAUACAACUUUCCAAACAACUCUCUAACUCUUUACUAAAUAGACGAAGAAACAUUUUAUAAUGCAUCUCAUAACGAAAAAAUAAGGCUCUUAAAUGAAGGAAAGUAAACUCUUCAUCAAAAAAAUCUUCUAAAAAAGCUUAAAAUUGCUGUUUAGAGAGAAUAGUAUUCAUUGAAAAAGUUUAUUUCAAAGAUGUAAAAUGAGAAAUUAGCAGAAAAGCUUGAUUUAUAAAGCUAAUUUGAUGCAAAUUUUGAAAGCUUCAUGUCUAUUUGCAAUGAACAUGAAAAAUAGGCUAUUCUACUCACAUUCGACUAAAGGUACCUCAAAUAACUACCUGAAAAAUGGAGGAAUGAAGCAAAUAAAAUAAGGAAACAACACAUGAAUAAAGGCGAAGAAAUAAAAUUAUAAGAAAGCGAAGAGGAAGAGGAGAAGAAUUCUAAAGAAGAAGAAAAGGAUUUCCCAAGCUAUCUUACAAGAAUUAAGAGAAAUGUUGAAGAUAUUCCUAAGAGAAACUCUAAUUCUUAAGAAUCCUAAUAGAAUAAAAGGUAAUAAAAUGAAAAGGAGGAUAAUUCUGUCAUUUAAGAUAAACUAUUUUCUCGCCAUGAAGAUAUAGAAUAUGAUGAAGAAUAAGAUGAUAAUUUGGAAGAUAAUUAAAUUUAAGAUGGCUUUGAGGAUAGAAUAUGCUUAGAAGUUGAUGAAGGAAUACAAUAAAUUCAUAAAUCUUUGAGAAGCAGCGAAAUGAAGCAAAGGCAAAAGACUUCUAUAGAAGUAGAAUAAAUAAGCAGCGAAAUAGCCUCUUUGAAAUAAGCGAGCUUAGAAAUGUAAAAAUAAUUUGAAGCUGCUGUGUUUGAUGGUUCUCCACAUUUGUUUGCUAAUUUAAAAAAUACAAAUAUUUCAGUUUUUUCAAGCCAAAUGGACACUUAAAACUAAAUAGAAAAAAAUAGCAAUAACCUAGAGGGGAGCAUAAAAAAUUUAGGACUUGUAUAGUCUUAAGAUAGUAAUUAAAAAGAGUAAAAGAUUGAGUAAUCUCAGAUAAGUAUUGAAAAAAUUAUACCACAGUAAGUUAGCAGCUUAGAAUAAAAAAUAAAUGAUAAUGAAUAAUAAGCAAAGAACCAACAAGAAGAAAAAAUAAAGAAUAAUGAUUCAAAUGAAAAAAAUUAGCUUUCAUAAGAAGAGCAGCUAUUGUAAAUGUAAAACGAAAAAGCAAUGUAAGAGUUGUAAAUUUAAUAGUAAAAAUUGCUUAUUCAAAAGUAGAUUGAGGAAUAAGAAAGAAUGGCAAGGUAAAUAUAUGAACAAGAGCAAGAGAUUGUAAACAAUUAAAAAGAUGACUACUAUGAUUACGAAGAUUUUGAUGCUAUCAAUUAACAGCUAAUAUUGGAUUAGAUAUCAAAAGAAAGAGAAGAAAGAGAGUUAAAAAAAUAACAAUUAUUAUUGCAGUAACUGGAGGAAUAGAAAAAAUAAGUGGAAGAUGGUGAUAAAAUACAAUAAAAUAGCUCUGAAAAUUCUUCUGCAGAGUCGAAUUUGACAGAAGAAGAGAAAUAUUUACAAAAGAAUUUUUCUCAAAGCUUGCCCUAUUCUUAGGAAAAAGAGAAGAAAUACUCAAGCAUCGACUUCUAUCUUAAAUCUUUGUAUGUGGACAGCAAUUUCUUUUUAAAUAUUUUAAGACUGCUUAUCAACAGAGGAUUGGAUGAGUAUUAAGAAUACUAAAAUAAUUACCUUGAAAUAUUAUACAUUCUCUCUUUUAAUCCAUUCAACAACUACAAAGUUGUUUAAAUUUUAAAAGGAAUGACUGUGGGUAUAAUUUAGAAUUAAAUUUAAGAUAAAAAUACUUAGUAUAAAGUAAAAACUCACUAUUUAAAGUAAUACUUUAAAUAUGAGAGUGAUGAGAAAAAAGCUAAUAAUUAAUAGUGUUUUAAUGUAUUUUAGCUUACUCAAUCAAUAUUAGAUUAUGAGAUAUUCAACUGGUAUUAUUUUGUACUUUAUGUCAAUAAAGAAAACUAAUUUGAAGAAACUUUUAAGUGGAACUACUCUAUCUUAGAAAAGAACAUAAAAUAUGAUGAGAGUUUGAUAAAACUUGCAAUAAGAAAAGAAGAUGAACAUUCAGAUAUUAUGGCAAUGAAUUCUUGGGAUUUUUCCUUAAUUAAUUUAUUAGAAAAAAAUAUUCAUUCAAUUAUAGAAACUCAACAUGUUAUAGAGAAGUCAGAUGAUUAUUCAGUUUCAAUAACUUAACUUAGAUAAAAUUAUGAUGCUACUUUCAAUUUAAUUUUAAAAUUUUUAGGUAAAUUUAAUAUCUCCACUAAUUUGUAUAGAAAAAUAACUUCUAAGCUAGGUGGAUAUACCUAGAGCUAACAACAAAAUCAAUAAGCUGAUAAUAACCUAGAAAAAACCACUGCUACUAUUUCAGCAGAAACAUAUCCAGAGAUGAAAUUUUAAAUUAAUGUAAGCAAUUCUUUCUUCGAAGCCUACUACACUUAUAGCUUUCAUUUGAAAGGAAGCAGGAAAACUAGUUUGAAGAAAAUGAAUAACAUUUUAUAUGAUUUGCUGCGUAAAAAAAUGAUUGAAAAUUAUGAGUCUUUUGAAAAUAUGUCUCUCCAGAUUCUCAAAAUUAACAGAGAAGUGAUUAAUCCUUAAAUAAUCUCUUGUAAUUAGUUUGUAAAAAAUUAUAGAAAACUUGCUUAAGAAUAAAACUAACUUAAGAAUUUGAAUGGCACUGAGGAAAUUGCUUAGUCUAAAAGAUACAUUUUCCAUAAUACUAUGGAGAAAAACUACGAAAAUAUGUUUUUCUAGUUAGGAACUUUGAGAAGGACAAUAAAAAACCUUAUUGAAAUUUUUAAUGAAAUGUUUGAGGUCUAAUGCAAACUUGACUUAGAAAAAGAAUAUGAAUUAAGAAAAUCUGAAGAUGGCCAGACAAAAGCUAACGAGUGGUUAGAUUAGCAAAAGAAGGAAUUAAGAAAAGAGCUUUUGUAAAAAUUAUAAUAAGUAUGGAUGAGCUAAUUAAAAGACUUGUAUGUUUAUUUAUAUGAAAUAUUAUACCAAUCUAUUCAAUUAAUGUCUGAAAAGUUAGAUUCAUCGAAGUUCACUUAUGACAGAUUUAACUUAAGUGUUAAAAGUGUUGUUGUUCUAUAUGAUUUUUUCUAUUCAGACAAUAUGAAGUUAAAUGUUGAAGAAGAUGCAGAAAUGCAAUCUAGUACUCAUAUCCAUUAAUUUAAAGAGCCUUUAGUAACGAAGCACUCUUCAAAAGAAGCCGAUUCUGCAUUAAAUAGUGAGAUUGAUUAAGACUAAAAUAAGUCCUUGUCAGAUCACCUAAAUAAAUAAUUCUCUUAAGUACUCAAUACUGAUCUAGAAUAAAUUAAUUUAAGUGAUCUCUACUUCAUCAUUGAAUAAAAAUUCAUAGGUUUAAUUGUUCUCUUCAUUGAAACCAGUGAGAGAAAAAAGAAGUGGUUGGAAUUCAUGAAAAAAGUUGGUCACUUAAAAAUUAGAGAAAAUAAAAACCUUUCUAUGGAAUUUAAAAUGAGCUAUUUAAAGAUUGUCUGUGAAAUAGAAGCAAAUAAAAAAAAGAAGACAAAGCAUUAUGGUUUUGACUAUUAUGGAGACUUUUAGCCUGAAAUCAGACUAAACAUUAACCGUGAUGAAAUCUGGAUGUCAACUAUUGCAGAACUUUCAAAAUAGGAUUCUGCAAGCUUAGUUCAUUAACAGUUAAUUAUAAACUUUGAAGGAGAGGCAGGAAUUGACUAAGGUGGUAUGGCACGUGAGUGGAUUAAUUUAGCUCUAAAAGAUGUCCUUGAUCCAAGGAAAGGGUUAUUCGCAUUAAGCUCUAACAAAAUAACUCUCUAGCCAAACCCAUUGAGCUGCAUAAUACCUGAUUAUCUCCUUCAUUUUAGAUUUGCAGGUAGAUUAGUAGGAUUAGCACUAACCAACAAGAUAGAUUUCGAAAUAGAUCUAACAAGGUCCUUCCUAAAGCAUAUUCUAAGAAAGCAAUUGUGUGUUUCAGACUAUGAAGAUAUUGAUCCUAAAACAGCCAAAAAUCUGCUUUGGAUGUUAGAAAAUGAUGUAACAGGAAGCGAUUUGACCUAUACAAUUACUUAAGAUAUUCUGGGAAUAAGGGUAGAAAAAGAUUUAAUUAAAAAUGGAAAUAAAAUAGAGAUUAAUAAUUAAAACAAAGUUUAAUUUGUUAAAGAUUAUCUUCAUUACAAGAUGACUUCAGAAAUAUAGCAAUAGCUAGAGUCAUUUAUUAGCGGAUUUUAUGAUGUUGUUCAUCCUUCAGCUUUAGUUUUCUUCGAUGAAAGAGACUUAGGGCUCAGAUUAGCUGGCUCUAAAAAAAUAGAUAUUGAAGACAUGAAAAAAAAUACUAAGUACUCUGGUAAUUACGAUUAAGAUUCUCAUUAAAUAAAAUGGCUUUGGGAAGUUUUAGAGCAAUUUGAUGAAGAAAUGAAAUAAUCAUUCAUAUUUUUCUUAACAGGCGCUUUCAAAGUUCCAUUUGGUGGUUUUGAGUAAAAUCCUAUUGAAGUAUAUGACAAAUUAGGUAACACUAAUUCACUUCCUAUAGCUCACACGUGCUUCAAUAAAUUAGAAUUACCAGCUUAUUAAAGCAAAAAUUAACUCAAAGAAAAAUUAACCUAAGCGAUCCUUGAAGGUCAUAAAGGAUUUCACAUUAGUUGA